AUGAUGGCACAAGAGCAAGAACGUUGGCGCGAGGAAGAUCAGGAGAACGUCCGUAAGGAUAUACAGACAUGGCUGAAGACCCGUCAGCGCAUCCUCCACGAGGAAAAGCGGGCACACUCACUGAAGACCCGGUCGAAAUCGUUGAACGACCGGCACCAGAACGAGAUCAACCUGGCGUUCAAUCUCGUAAACCAAAGUUUGGGUCGCGAUCAACGAACAGACAGCAACAUGAUGAAAACGGUCGCGGUCGUGAGUAUGGUGUACUUGCCCGGGACGUUUGUGUCUGGCCUAUACGGGACCAACUUCUUCAGUUUCCAAGCUGACCCUGGGAACACCUGGCUCAUGGCUGACGAGUUCUGGAUGUACUGGGCAGUGACACUGCCCUUGACGUUCGCAACGAUGCUCGUCUGGGCUAUUUGGCAUUGGUGGGACAAACUCGGCACCAGUCGGUCGAAGAAGGUAUCCGGCGGAAAGUCGAAUCAACCUGCUGGUCCCACCCCGUCGAAAGACGGCAUAGAGCUCCGUGCUCAACCCGGUGUUCCUCUAAUCAGAAGAAUAACUACUGCGUUUAGAUUAGGGGAGGUGCAGCGGACGGAGACGGUGUGA